AUGUGUGGCAUUUGCUGUUCUGUAGGCUUCUCUGUUGAGCACUUCAGUAAAGAGUUAAAAGAGGAUUUGCUGGACAAUCUUAGACGACGGGGCCCCAAUAGUAGCAAGCAGUUGCUAAAAUCUACUGUUAACUAUCAGUGUUUAUUUUCUGGUCAUGUUCUUCAUUUGAGAGGUAUUUUGACUGCCCAGCCUGUGGAAGAUGAAAGCGGCAAUGUGUUCUUAUGGAAUGGAGAAGUUUUUAACGGAGUACAGGUUGAAGCAGAAGACAAUGACACUCAAGUUAUGUUCAGUAGCCUUUCUGCCUGUAAGAAUGAAUCUGAUAUUUUGUCACUCUUCUCUAAAGUCCAAGGUCCUUGGUCUUUUAUAUAUUAUCAAGCCUCUAGCCAUUACUUAUGGUUCGGUAGAGACUUUUUUGGCCGUCGUAGCUUGCUUUGGCAUUUUAGUAAUCUGGGCAAGACUUUCUGCCUCUCUUCAGUUGGUGCCCAGAUAUCUGGGCUUACAGACCAGUGGCAAGAAGUUCCAGCAUCUGGAAUUUUCCAGAUUGAUCUCAAUUCUGCUGCUGUUUCUAGAUGUGUGACUUUAAAAUUAUAUCCUUGGAAAUAUGUUUCUACGGAGAAUGUUAUUGAAGAAUGUGUUAAUGACCCGACUCAGACUCCAGCAGAAUUGCCAUCAUUUGUGUCAGUGGUAGCAAAUGAAGACAAACUGUAUCUUUCAAAACCUAUUGCUCCCUUGAAUAAGAGGCUGCCUCAAGCUUCAUUGCAAACUCAUUGUAGGAACAGUUCCAGUGUUCCACAUACAAGAGAGACACUUGAGAUAUUUCUUAGAGAUGAACACACAAAAAAAGUAGUCCAUCAAUUUAUUGAUGUCCUGAAUGUUGCAGUCAAGAGACGCGUCUUAUGUUUAGCUAGGGAGGAAAACCUGGCAUCAGAGGAAGUUUUGAAAACUUGUAAUAACAAAGCGAACAUUGCAAUCCUCUUUUCUGGAGGCAUUGAUUCCAUGGUGAUCGCAGCCCUUGCUGAUCGUCAUAUUCCUUUAGAUGAGCCAAUUGAUCUUCUGAAUGUGGCUUUUGUGACUAAACAAAAGACUGGGUCAAGUGUUCCUACUGUAGGAAGAAAACAGCAAAACCAUCAUGAGAUCCCUUCUGAAGAGUCCUCUCAGGGUGCUGCAGUGGCUAAGGGUCCUGAUGAUGCCGAGGUGCCAGACCGAGUCACAGGAAAAGCAGGACUAAAGGAACUACAGUCUGUCAACCCUUGUCGAACUUGGAAUUUUGUUGAAAUUAAUGUUCCUCUUGAAGAACUACAGAAACUAAGAAGAGCUCGAAUAUGUCACUUAGUUCAUCCCUUGGACACAGUUCUGGAUGAUAGCAUUGGCUGUGCUGUCUGGUUUGCUUCUAGAGGAAUCGGUUGGUUAGUGACUCAGGAUGCUGUGAGAGCUUACAAGAGCUGUGCAAAGGUGAUUCUCACGGGAAUCGGUGCAGAUGAGCAGCUGGCAGGUUACUCCCGUCAUCGUGUCCGCUUUCAGUCUCUUGGUCUAGAAGGAUUGAAUGAGGAAGUAGCAAUGGAACUGGGUCGCAUUUCUUCCAGAAACCUUGGUCGUGAUGACAGAGUUAUUGGUGACCAUGGAAAGGAAGCUAGGUUUCCUUUCCUGGAUGAGAAUGUUGUGUCUUUCCUAAAUUCCCUGCCGAUUUGGGAAAAGGUAGACCUGACUUUGCCCCGUGGGGUUGGUGAGAAGCUCAUUCUACGCCUUGCAGCUGUUGAACUUGGUCUCACAGCCUCUGCCCUUCUGCCGAAGCGAGCCAUGCAGUUUGGAUCUAGAAUUGCAAAACUGGAGAAAAUUAACGAGAAGGCAUCUGAUAAAUGUGGAAGGCUCCAAAUUCUACCUUAGAAAACCUCUCAAGAAGAUGACAUAAUGAUUCUACCAUGUAAUAACACUGUAUGACAGUCACUAAAAAUUAAACAGCGGCUGCAUUACCA